AUGUCGCUCUCUCUUCUGCUUCUUUCUCUUAUCACGACAGUCGUUGCACAGUCAACACCCGCGGUUGUAUGUGUCCCCGGGCAAUGUAUACAAGGUUUUUCCAAUAUCACCAUCGGUGGAAAACUGUCUGCGUCGGGCGCCCAGACAGACUUGCAUCUCCUACCAGGAGAAUAUUCUUCAGCAACAGACCCAAAGCUCCUUAAUGAACUCCUUACCUCUUCUUCAGCAACUUUCACCCCAUCCGCAGGCUUCAGCCGCAACAACGUAGCGCCCUUACCCCUCAGCCUAAAACUCGAACCAGGCCUCGCUAUCUACUCUGGCUCAAGAUACUCUGGCCAAGCAGGAUUCUCAGCACUACCAUCCGCACCAAUCGUUAAUGCAACAACACCAUUCACCGCCAACUCGUUAGCCCUCGCCGAGAACGUUUGGGUGGCCAUCUCCUCGUCAACGAACAGCGAACGCAUCGUGCUAUGGGAAUCUGUGCCAGACGUAUCCCAACUCAACCUUCCAUCAACACUCAACCUCCACGACAUCCAAUCCUCAACAUGCGCACCUGCCUGCUCCUCUUCGGGACUGUGUAACGCGUCAGGACAGUGUGUUUGCCCACCCAACUUCUCCGGAACCUCUUGCGAAUCGUGCGCCGCCGGUUUCUUCGGCCCUCGAUGUGAACCCUGUCCUGAAGGAUGCGAGGAUUGCGACGAGGGUAUUUCCGGAUCAGGUCGUUGCUUGUCCCAACCCAUCAGCCCCUCCGACCCUAGGAGUUGUGACUGCGUCAAUGGCGAGUGCAAUCCCGACGGUACCUGCACCUGCAACGAUGGUUGGCAGGAUGGUGUCGAGGGCAAAUGCUCACAGUGCACCUCCGGCUUCUUCCUCAGCAACUCUGGAGACUGCUCGGCAUGUGACGUAGGCUGCCGAGAAUGCUCCAGCGGGAACGCUGUUUGCACCCAAUGCAGACCUGGAUUCACUCAAGACCCCAACGACAGAACCAAGUGCAAUCCUGUGAUUCAAACUGAUAGCACCGGAGCCGCCUGCGGUCCCAAUGCCUUCAGUGACGGCCAACAAUGCCAGCUCUGCGAUCGCUCUUGCGGAAGAUGCUUUGGCCCAAGCAGUACCAACUGCUUGACUUGCGCUGCCGGAACCUUCAUGUUCGAAGGACGAUGUGUGUCUGCCGAUAGCAACGGCAUCUGUGCCGGUUCCAAUGGACGUAUCGCUGAUGCUCUCAAGGGUGUUUGUGAAGCCUGCCCUUCCAAGUGCUCUUCAUGCAGUAUUCCUGGCUUCAAUGGUGCAACACCCGUCUCGCAGGUUCGAUGCACGCAGUGUCUCCCCGGCUCUGUGUUGCAUGAGGGCCGCUGUCUCGACAAUUGCCCUGCUGGAACCUUUGUGGGUGCGGACGGCUUUACUUGCACAGCAUGUUCCUCUUCCUGCACCACCUGCUCAGGCUCCGCCGACUUCUGCACCUCCUGCCCAGGCGGCGCCUUUGCCUCUGACGGCGAAUGUGUCUCAACCUGCCCAACCGGAACCUUCAGCACCACCUCCAACUCCAGCCCACCUGUAAACUCCUGUUCAAAGUGCCAUCCCGACUGCGAAAGCUGCACCGGUCCCUCCUUCACCCAAUGUACUGCCUGCCCAGCCUCCCGACCCGUCCUGUCAGCACCCUCAGGAUCCACCUCUGGUCGAUGCCUCCCCAGCUGCGGCAAGUCCCAAUACUUUGACGCCGCGACCCGCCAAUGCCGAAACUGCGACGGCAACUGUUCCAGCUGCACUGGCCCUGGCCCUGACCGCUGUCUCUCCUGCCAAAGUCCGCGUCAAGUCGUCCGAGACGGCCAAUGCGUCGAUGCCAACUGCAGCAACAAUAGUAACGUCAUCUCUGGCCUCGGUGUUUGCCUCAGCGACAUCGUCCAAGUCCCCUCCAAGACCGACAAUGAGCAGCCACUUCCCAGCAUCACUGGUAUCAGCGACCCCGCUCCCACCGGCCGAGUCCGACUGGAGUGGUGGCAGAUCCUGUUGAUGGCCUUGGGCUGCGCGUUCAUCUUUGUGAUGUUCCUGUGGUGCUGCAGGAGGCGAGCGAGGAAGCAGAGGCAGAAGCGGACGCAGAUGUUCGCCAAGGGCAAGGGCAUCGUCAAGACUCACGGCCGAUGGAACUGGGCUGCCCGCUGGAAGCAGAUCUUCAGGAGGAGGAAUAGGACUCCUGCUGAAAGUGACCUUCCGAUUGCGUAUAACCACCAGGACGUUGCCGCGAGGGAGAUGGGAAUGGAUAUCAAGAUGGUCCCUCUGGAUAAAGACGUGCCGAAGAACACCAACACCAAUGUAAACAUUCACCUCUCCGUCCCGAAUGCCAAGUCCCGCGAUGACGACUUUGAUUCGUAUAUCGACGCGUACGAUCGCAGGUCUUCCAUGCGCAGCCAUACACCCUCGGUUCUCCCUGAUAUCGACGGAUACUACCCUUCCCGUUCCGCGCUUGCCAAUCGCGAUCAACUCAGGAAACAAGCUACGGGUAACAGCGGACGAGGAACACCGAGGGAUAUCGAACGCGAUUCGAUGUACUCCGAGUUCACGGGUGAAGUGCGCAACACGCCCGAACCACGUAUCCCCGUCAAGAGGGACUUGAUCCCCCUCUCCAACCCUACGAGCCGCUCGUCAUCUCCAGCCCCUCGACCAGGUGUACUCCGCAAACCGGUUCCAACGCUCGAACGCAAACGCUCUGAAGACACUAUUGAUUCUAUCGUCAUCGCCCCUCCGGUACAUCAGUUGAAGCAACAGGAGGGUGUGUUGGUCGAUCUGGAUGCGGGGAGCGAGCGAGGUUUCGGGUUCGGACAGCAGAAGUUGGUGCAGAACCAGACGGGCUCGACGCUCCCGGUGCAGUACCAGACUCCCGCUCUUCAACCUCAGCCUACGUUCGCCAGUCUCACUGAGGCCCAGGCGUACGCGAUGGCUGUGAAGCCACAGUUAGGCGGUGCUUCCUCCCAGUCUGCCAUCCCUACGAACCCAGGGUACACUUUGGCAUGGGUCCCGACGCAUAUGACGGGCUCAAGUUCGGCUACGGGUAGCAGUGGUGGAAUGGCAGGCGCAUCUGCUGUGCCUAUGCCGACAUUUACGACUAUGGGUCUCCCGUCUGCCCAGACGGGUAACUCGAUUGGAUCGAGUGGGGGGAACUAUUGGAUGCAGUCGUCGGCUGUGAGACCCACUGCUACAGGAUCUUCGAGUGGGUCUAAUGAAGCCUCGAAGAACCCUUUCAGGCAAGCUGGCUUGUAA